UUGUCAUUGAGAGUUUUUGAGACCCAUGUGUUCCAAGUCUGACAUUCGGAACGAGGAACUUCGGAAGUUUGUUUAGCCAGCGACUUUUGAACGUCAAAGAUGAAGGGCUGCGGUCUUCUGUUCCUUUUUGUGUCCGUAAUAUUAAACGCAGACAGCUCCAUUGCGUCAGAAGAAACAGUAGUAUGUGAGGAAUCUGCUUAUCCACCUGACAACAAGGAUUUAAUUCCAUUGUACGUGGUAAACUUGGAUCUUUCUCCAUUACAGCGAUGGGCACCACUCGUAAUCGACAAAAGACACAUGCUUCAUGAAUUAGUGGAUGACGUCAAGGACCUCUUGGAAUCUUUAGCUGGUGAAAAGAUUUUUAGAAUACUUAUGAAAAGCCUUGAUUCGAUGGGACAAGAAAAACAAGACUUGGAAAGUUGCAGAACUCCUUCAUCCUUUAACUGUCCACUUGCAAUUCAAGAAAGAAGGGAAGGUCAUCUUUGAGUCCACAAGUUUUGCUGGUUAUGUUGGAAUUCUUACAGCAGUUCGAAAGGACAGUUUUUCGUUGUCUUUGGACAAAAGAUUCAGCUGGAAUGGUGGUUUUAUGGGACUUCUGGAAUGGAUUCUCUUCAAAGACCAUAGCCAAAGUUGGGUGUCGUUCUUGACUCGAGAAGUAAUGCAAGAAGGGAAUGAUUACGAAGAUGCCAAGCAGAUUCUUUCCAAAACCAGACUUCUUGCUCCUGUCUAUUUCAUAUUGGGUGGAACAAAACCAGGGGAGGGGUGUAUUAUCACACGAGAUCGAGACCACUCCGAUUUAUUAAAUCUCUGGACAACAGCUAAUGGGUCAGGAUCCUGGUACCUUGUGCAGACUAAUUAUGACCAUUGGAAACAGCCGCCCUUUUUUGACGACCGUAGAACACCGGCUAAUCAGUGUAUGGUGGAGGGAGGAGCAAAGAAUGCAUCUUUAAGACUGAUUUAUAAUGUGUUGUCAACAAAGCCUGUCCUGAACAAGGAAACCAUCUACACCACUUUGAUGUCAGCCAAAAGUGGCGAGUUCAGUAGUUGGCUACGAUAUUGCCCUGACCCUUGUUGGCCUUGGUAAAUUGCUUUUAUGGUUUCUAUAGUACUUCAUAUGGUUCAUCAUAGGUAGUCUAGACAUCAUGUCUGCAACAACUUUCAUCUUACCUGGGAUGUACUCCACAACAAAAUCAAAAGCACUCAAAUCCUCUACUGUUCAUGCAACCCUAGCAUCCACUCCUUUCAUUCUCUGCAGGUACACUAGAGUUUGGUGGUCUGUACGUGCCACAAACCUCACUCCAUAGAGAAACGGUCGUAAAGAUUUCACAAGAAUCGCAAUGCAGCCAAUUCUCUCUCAACAGUCGAGUACUUUCGCUUUACUGAACAAAAUGACUUACAUACAUAUGCCAGCUCUCAAUCUCUUUCAUUUGCAUUCACCACUUGUUUCUGUAUCAAACAUCCCCCCAUCGACACUCCACUCGCAUCCGUACACACUUUUAACUUACUGGCAUUUACAUUAUAGUCAGGGUAAGCCAACUCUGCAUCCUUCACCAUUUUCUCUUUCAAUUUCUCAAAUUCUUUCAUCAUCCUCUCAUCCCACCUCACAACUGUACUCUUUGUACAGCCUGUCCAUUCUGACAACGGCUUUGCAAUAUCCUAGCAAUUUUCCACAAAGUUUCUUCCAAACUCAAUCAACCCCAAAAAUCCUGGCAACUCUGUCACAGUCCUAGGUCAGGGAAAAUUUCUCACUUUUUCUACAAACUUUUCAAACACCAGACUCACUUAUGACCCAAAAACUCCACCUCAUAUAUGAACCACUCACACUUACUUAGUUUGACUUUCAACUCCCACCUCCUCUAACUUAUUCAACACCCCUUGCACCAAUCUCUUGUGCUCUUCCACAGUCAUGCUCACUACCAAAAUGUUAUCAAGAAACACCAGCCCAAAACUAAGAUUGCAGAACUGAUACUGUUUUUUAGUAGUCAAGGAAGCAAUUAUAGGUCUACAAUCUUCUGCCACUGACAUCUGAUAAUAUCCUCUUACCAGAUCCAUCUUACUGAACACUUUCAUCCCAUGCAUACUUUUGUACACAGAGUCAGACACCACACACACACAUAGGAAAUCUUUCACUGUCACUUCAUUUACUCUUCGAUAAUCAAUACACAUUUGGAGUCUCCCAUCAGGCUUCCUUACUGGCACAAUUGGACUUAUUCCAAGCGCUCUUACGGGUUCAGUCACUCUUAUCCUUUCUACUCUUUACACUGCUCUCUAAUCUCUCUUGUUACCUGAGCUGGAAAAUGUCAGGGGUCUGAUAAAUCGGUGUAUCAUCAGUCAGUCGAAUACGGAAUUCUGACAACCUAGCUGUCCCAAAGUCCUCAUCACCUUAAUUCAAGACACCCUUUCUUUCCCACAACAACUUGUACAUCUACUUUUUCUCUCUUUCACUCAACUUCUUGUUCAAUCUCACCUUUUCCUAAGCUUUUCUUUAUUCCACUCUUCUGACUUGCCUCCUUCAGCCAUCACAUCAUACCCUUUAACAUGCUCACCAUUACUCAAAGUGACUACUCUUCUUAAGCUUCCCAGUCAAUCACCAAGAUGUAUGCCUCUCCAUCUUUUCUUUUUCACAUAUCACACCUGUACACACACCUUUGGAUCUUUUACAUCCACAAUUCCAUCAAACACCUCACAACACACAGGGCUACCAUCCAACAUGAAAAUUUCACCCAGACUCUGCAUUGACUCCAACAUUGGUUCUCCACCCUACUUUCACACUCCACACACUCCCCAAAUCUCUUGGCAAUUGGAUGUCCUCCAUCACAUACACUUCUACUCCAGAAACCAACUUCAAACUUGCUUGUCCAUCCUCCUCUACAUUACAACUUCACACUCAUUUCUUUCUCCAUUCUUAUUUCUAUCAUGUCUUGUUCUGGGUAAACCUUUACCCUGUUUUUCUUCAAAAUUACAUAUCCCAGCAACGUAUUGUACUUCUCAUUCACUCUGUCCACAAUGUAAAAAUCAUUCUCCUCCAGCCGUAUUCCUGCAACUGCAACUGACUCAACAAAACUUCACUUCCAAUUCUCCAAUCCCUGUUACAUAUCCAGCACAUUCCUGACUCUGGCCUACAUUUUCUUUUAUUUUCUCAUGUGCAUCUCUGAAAACCACGUUUCCACUACAACCAUUAUCAUUCAGUGCUUUCAAUAACACUCCACCACAUUCUACUCUUAACACACAAACAAUGAUCUACUUGUUUCCCAAAACAGAUAUUCCCACUUACAAACCCUUUUCUCACAUGCAACACAACUAUCCCUUCUAUACCAGAGAGCUCACCAUGGUAAACCCCCUCAGCAAUUAGCUUCCCUGGAGUUGUGGUUUGCUACGGCAGACUUCUUUCACGUGACUCUCCAUUCCACAUCCUUCACACUUUCUCAUUGGGUUCUUAAAUAUCUUUCCACAGCCAAAACACUUUCCCUUGCAGGCAAUGCACCAUUAUAUGCCCUCUCUUCCCACAGCCUUAACACUCGCCAUUGGCUCAUCUACAGUCCGCCUAUACAUUCACAGUUCUUUUACACCUGAAACACACUUUAGUAUUACUGCUCACUCCUGUCUGUCUUUCCCACACAUUCCCAUUUGCUCUACUCACACUUCCACUCCUAAACCUCUCUUGGCUUCUGCUCCAGCUCCUUUUUCCAUUAUUCCCCACAUUCACUUGCACAUUCUUUCUUCCUCUUUCCUCCCAGUCUCUCCUACACGCCUCCAACAAGGCUUCCAUCACACUCAGUCCCUCACUUGCCACAACCUCCUUCCAUUCACCACUUGAGAUGCAACAUGUAUCACCUUUGGUUCGUCCUCAUAUAUUCUCAGAUCUCUAAAGCAUCCUCCCAACUUAAGCUCUUUUCCAACUACCACUUCCAAUCUUUCUGCUUUUCAUUGAGGAUUACCUUAAUUUUCUCAGGGAUGGUGACUAAGAACUUUCUCAUGAGAUGUUUGUUUUCUUCAAUUCCUUUCUCUCUAUAUUUCCUUCUGGCCAAUGAAUCUAGCCCCAGCCUUCAUUUUCACCUCCUCAAAUCCAUCAUCCUUCUUUUAGACCACACUCCCUUUCGUUCUUUUUACCUGCCCAAUCACUUGCUUUUACUGACUCAUACCCUGAUUCACCCUUACACAUACUUUUAUAGCACAUCUUCAACUGCCCAUCCGAGAACUCUCCCAGCUGCUUCAUCCACACGGUAUCAUUCUCUGUGUACUUUUGUCUACAAUACUUCUCUUAAAUGUCAGAAAACUCGUGUAUGUCUCUUCCCUGUCUUCUACUACUACUACUACUACUACUACUACUACUACUACUACUACUACUACUACUACUACUACUACUACUACUACUUCUUCUUCUUUCACUCCUCCUAUCAUCCUCAACUUCCAAGUCCAAACUAUCCCUCAAAAUCCAGAAACCCGAUUCCUCUUUCCUCGCUCCUCUCCCAUUUUGUGUUUUCUUCUUUCCUCAUUUUUUCUUGCUACUGUCCUUAUCACUUUCAUAUGCCUCACUCAUACCUGUCUUUAUCAUUGGCAUCCCCCCUUACUCUUACUUAACAACUUCCCCUUUCUUAGGGGUUUUCUCCUUUGCAUCUUUUGCCUCAGCAUCCUCAACUCCCUUCCUAACACUUGGCUUAGUUUUAGCCAUUACAGCCACUUUCUUUGCCAUCUCACACAUUUUCUUGUCCUUUGCCUCCAUUCUUGCAGCUAAUCUACUUUCCCUUUCCUGGGCUUUACCCAACUGGUCUUGUAUAUUAAUCACCAUGCACAUCAGCCUGUCUAACAUCUUUUUUUAAAAUCUUUCUCCCCUUUACCUUCCAAACCUGCUCCCUCUACCAUCAUCUCCAAUUGUGUACCCCACUCUAACUUAACUAUCAAAAGGUCUCAUGUUGGGCGCCAAAAAAAUGUGGGGGUCCUUCUUUACACAAAUGAAGUGGGAUAGUGGGAAUAAAUUUCAAGGUUCUCAAAUGAAAAUCUAAUUUUCCUUAACCUAAUUUAUUACCUUAAUAUUACAGUAUGCAACUUACUCAACUUUAUCCCUAGCUCAUCAGACCUAUCCUCCUAUCUCUGUAUGUACCUAACGUAGCAUAACUUAAAAUUGCUUAAUAUUACCUAAAUAUUACCCUAACCACUUAAGAAUCUAAACUUAUUUCCUUAACUUAAAUAUUGCAACGACUAUCUAAUUUCCUUAACUUUAAUAUUGCAAUGACCAUCUAAGAAUCUCAGUCUGAUAUUGGUCUUAAUCCUUCACUUUCCCCCACAUAGAAUGAAAAUUCUUCCAAUGUUUGGAAGAUAGGUUUGUCACGUCCACUUAGGAUUGUCCAGCAAAGAUUAAUUGAGAACCUACGGUCCUUACUCCUGUACUUUAAAUCAAAUUCGAUAAACAACUUCACUGUUGAACCGGUUUACACACUUGUCAUCUUUCCUCAAGUACUGUACCAAGUCCUCUCCCUUUCUAGACAGUGUUCUUUGUAACUUGAUUCCAUCACUGUAUCCAAGAGAGGUGGGCAUCUAAGUUAAGGGGCAAAAUGCUCACUCAUCCCCAUCUACCAAACUCCAAUAAAAAAGGAAACCAAACAUUAGUUAAACAAUCCCUCACCCACAAGAACAUAAAAAUGAAAAAUAUUAAUUAAAUCCCAAAAAAUAGUUUCAAAAUUGCCUAAGCUAAUAAAAAAAUUAUGUAGAUAUUUAAUUAGUACACACCCAAUUUUGUCAUACUACCACAGGAUUUCAUAAGAAAAAUAAUUUGAGUAGAAGCUUACGCCCAAAUAACGCAGGUCAUCUGUUAUUAUGCCAAACCACCAACUGUAUGAACUGAUGUUAUCCUCACAAUAAAAUUUGCUAGGUUUUUAUAGCUUUUCAGUUAUUAGAAUUCGGGUAAAGGAUUGUGUACAUGUGUACAUUUUAGAUUUAUAUUUAUUGUUAUUUAAUAAGAAAUUACAGGGAUUUUUCAUCGGGCGACACAGGUCUUCCCCCAGAAAUUGAUUUUUCCUACGUCAAAAUCCCUUUUUUUUUUAAUUAAGGGGUGACUAGCUACUUUUUGGUAUAAAAAAUCUAAAUUUAAAAAGCUGCUAAAAUUCUUCCUAAAGCAUUCAAGAAUCCAUCACAACAUACAGAAAACACUGUAGAUCAGUUUGUGGGCUGUUUGUCAGCACCGAGGGUGUAAGGUGCAACCAGCCUUUACUGUAGCAAAAACUGUCCCUAUUUACUCAACCAUAACAUAGUCAUUUUACCCCAUAAAAGUAAGUGAUCACAGUAUGGAAUCAGUUUGGUUGAGAGCUAUGGUUGUUGUGGUACCGAUUGUAAGCAUACAUACAGGAGCUACUCAGUAAAUGAGACUUCAGUUGCUCUCAGAAAGAGAAAGGGAAAGCAUAUUGCUCCUAGAUUUGCGCCAUGCACAGCCCUGUUGAGUCCCUUUAAAUUUUUUGGGCAAAUACUGUAAUAAAAGUUAUUUUCUAGUAUGCCUUCUAUUUUGUUGAAACUUUGGUAUUGCUUUGGCAGUUUAAUGGUCACAUUUGGAUAUUUCCAAAUACUAUAAAACUAAUAUAAAUAGCAAAUACUACUGUAUAACGUCAUGACAUCAUAACUCUUGACAAUUGUACUCAUACAUACAAGCAACCCAUAAUUUGCAAAGAUUUUAUUUUUACACCAAAGUAGUUAGUCGCCCUAUAAUGUAAUUAUUGUAUGUAUAGUAUUUCCAAAUUCUUGAAGUGUUUAUGACUUACAUAUAUUAAAGUUAAUGAAUUGUACAGAUUACUGAAAAGGUCAGAUUCUACUUUAUAAAGGUGACUGUUAGCUACCAUAUAUAUCUUUUUCAUGAGCUCUCAUACUUGUGGAAGCCACAACUUAUGCUGUGUAUACUAGUACAUUCAUAAAGAUGAUGAUGGACAUUUUUACAAAAUAAUAAAAGUAUGCUUGAAA